AUGGCAGGCGCGAGGCGACAAGGACGGCUCACCAGAUCACACCAUACUACUCUCUUGGCCAUCUCCUUUCUGCUGCUCUUCGCAUGCACAGUACAAGCCACCUGCUACUAUCCCAACGGGGACAUUGCGUACAACGAUGCGCCCUGCAAGACCAACGGCGAGCACUCGCUGUGCUGCGGCGUGGGUUACGCCUGCAUGAAGAGCGGCGUCUGCCAGCUCUCGCAGGACACGCCCUCGCAGCUGGGCUCCACGGGCUUUGUGCGCGGCAGCUGCACCGACAAGAGCUGGAACGAGCCCGCGUGUCCCAUGUUCUGUCUCGACCCGGAAAUCAACAACGUCGGCGGCUACAACGAGCUGGGCAAGUGCUACGACCGGCCCGAGGACAUGUACUACUGUAUCGACUCGGUGCACAACAAGCUUGUCUGCGGCAACACUACCGCGGGGGCCUUGUACUUUGUCGGUAUGUCCUCGUCGUGUUCACCUGUGCUUUUGUUGGCAGCGUUGUCGUGGGAACGCUCUUAA